AUGAGCGCACCAUUCUUGCACGGCUUCGCAGACCGAACGUUCCACAAAUGCAUGGCCAUCAACGACCAAGUCGACCUCCUGAAUGUUAACUCGACGGCAACUGACGUCGCCAGCGUCUGGACCAGCAUCCUGGGGUACUGGUUCCCACCUGGAGAAUACUUCCAGGUCCGGCAAUACCACUACGCUUCUUUCAUAGAGGUAUACGCCCUGCGUGUGGCCCACCGACCGGGCGAGGAGCGGCCGUCCUACCACCCGAUCAUUUGCGUCCGAUGCUACGCCGCAGCCAGCUUGACUAAUCAGAUUGACUGGAACGCUGCGUGUGGCGAUGCGCUGACCACGAUCCAUGUUGUCAGCUGCGUGCUUGCUUGUGAGUAUCCUGACUGGGUGGGUAUUUCCUGUUGCGAUGCUGUGUGGUUUGGAGACCUGCGUCAUGCGCCCGACUUGCGCGCGGUUCCGGAGUUGCUAGGUAUCCAACAUGUGGCUGUUAUGAAGAAAGAUGUCCAGGACUUUUUGGAUAUGGUCAAGGAGGUCUUUCUGUAUGAGUGGGAUAAUGCGGAGACCUACGCUGAGAAUUACCUUAUGGUUUCUGAUGGUGAAAGUGUUGAUGAGGACGGGGAUGAAGAGGAAGAUGAUGAGGAGGGAGAGAGCGAGAUGAAAGAGGAAAGCAAGAAUGAUGAUCAGAUGGACGACGCGCAAGACGAUGAUGAAGAGGAUAUGAUUCCGGAGCCUCCUACCACUACGCUGUGA